CAUCAGCCAUGCUACCAAUCUUUUAAAUGAAUGCUAUCAAUACCAUGAUUUCUCAGUGGAAGUCCUUAGCGGUAUCAAUGCAAUGGAAGACUGUAACAAUGUUGAAGAAACAGAGGAGAGGACAAAGGAUCCAAAGCUGUUUACGGAAUUACUGCUUUUAAUGAAACCAGAAGAUUACCUGUCAGUGGCAUACAAACUCCACAAGACUGAAUUCUUCAGACAUCGGUCGGUUAGAGACGUGCUUCAUAGAAAAUGGAUAGGGGAGUGUACAUCUAAAAAGUUACAAUUACUGAAAUUGUUUCUACCUCUGCUUAUUCUAGCCAUUUUCCCGUUUGCACUUCCUGUUGCGUUGGUGGUGAACAUAAACUUUGUAACCAGAGUUGUCAGCGAUUUUAACGUACCUGUCAUCAAAUGUAUAUUUCUCUUCAUACCAUACAUCAUUUUUGUCCUGCUUCUUUCCUAUGAAUUAUUGGUGGACUUCUCUUCAGGACUGAGUGGAUUAGACUAUUACCUUAUUCUCUACAUUGUGUGCUACACGACAGAAGAAAUUCGACAAAUGAUACCAUCUUCAGGGAUCAAAUAUGUUACCUACCUCCGGAGUCAUUUUAGGUGGUGGAACCUGAAUGACAUUUGUUGUAUUGUGUGUUUUGUGGUUGGAAUUGUCCUGAAAUUAGUUGAAAUACUUGAUAUAUCCAGAGUUGCUCUUGCAAUUGAUGUCACUUUAUUUACACUAAGGGUGCUUGCUCUGACGGCUGUGUCAAGAAAUCUUGGACCUAAACUAGUUAUGAUUGGAAAAAUGUUCGUUGAUGACUUGAUACCAUUCAUGGUGAUCUUGUUUGUGUUCAUUCUUGGAUUCUCCAUUGCUGAUUACAGCUUACUUUAUCACGACUCAACCCUCAGCUACGGCCUGGUAGAGAGGGUACUUAUGAGUGGAUACUGGAUACUCUAUGGAGAGAACAAUUUAGAGGAAUUUGACGGAUCUCAGUGUGAAAGCUCGACAUCCCCCUGUCCCUCUGCUCUAGGCGUGGCCGUAGUGCCUUACAUACGGGGAUUCUUUGCUCUCCUCAGUGUAGUGCUGUUACUCAACGUUCUUAUUGCCAUGUUCAAUGACACAUAUAGAAAAGUCCAGGAUGUUAGUUACAUGCAUUGGAUCUACAAUUACAAUGAACUCAUAACUGAAUACGAGUCUAAACCCCUCCUCCCUCCCCCAUUCCUUGUGUUGAUCAUACCCCACACUAUUGUGUACUGUAUUGGAUGGAUACUGAAGUGUAAAUGUAGAAAAUCAGAUGAUAUUGGUGACAGUGUAAACUCCAAAAAUGGAGAUUUCGUGAAGGGUCUUCUACUUAUCAAAACUGUAUAUUUGACAUCUGGUGAUCCGUAUGACAAAUAUCGAAAACAAGCUGGGUUCAAAAAGAAGCUACAUCAAUUUGAAAGAAAGGUCAAAGAAAUGUACCGAAAACGGCUUAUACAAAAGAAAGUUAAAAGAAAUGAGAAUUCUGAAGAAUCCACAAAGAACAGAUUAGCAUCUCUUGAGUUGGAAGUAUCUAAACAGAGCAAAGAAAUCGAAGCCUUAAGGAGAGACUUGGCCUUCCUCUUAAAUGAUUAUUAAAGGCUGUUUAAUUAAA